AGUUAUCACAUUCACCUGUUGUACAUUGAAACAGGAAAAAGAGCGGAUCAAUACUGACGGAGUUUGGGCGAAUCUAAAAAGCUGUUUUUGUUGUCUUUAACUUUAAAUUCCUCUUUUCCCUGCUCGCCCAGCGCUCAUGGACAAAUUAAAGAAGGUUCUCAGCGGCCAGGACGGCAACGACGACCUCAACGUGUUGCAGGCGGCGAGUGAAGCCACCACGCUGGGCUGGGGAACUCGCCUCAAAGCCUUCAUCGCCUGCUUUGCGCUGGGAGUCAUCUGUUCAGUACUGGGAACGUGUUUACUAUGGGUUCCUAGAAAUGGCCUCAUACUGUUUGCGGUUUUCUACACUUUUGGCAAUGUUGCCUCUCUUUUAAGCACAAUGUUCUUGAUGGGGCCCUUAAAGCAAGUGAAGAGGAUGUGUGACAAGACCAGAGCGCUGGCCACAGCCAUCAUGAUAACAUGCCUUGUGUUGACACUAUGCGCUGCAUUUUGGUGGAAAAACAAAGGUCUUGCCCUGGUCUUUUGCGUUCUCCAGUUUCUGGCUUUUACUUGGUAUGGCUUAUCGUAUAUCCCAUUUGCAAGGGAUGCGGUGAUUAAGGUGUUCUCCGUAUGUUUGAAGUGAGGUGUAGUGCUGCGGACCUCUCUCGCCCCCCUCCCUCUCUCCGUGCCUGCUCUGGCUUCAGCUCCGCUACCCCCUGAGUGCCCACUGGUAGCGCCCACUCGAGCUCCCACUCUAGCGCCUGGCACACACACACACCACAGGUGUGCUUUUCCUCUCCCCGAUGGCUGGACACUCUCCAGGAAUGUGUACAGAUGUAACCGCUUGCACUCACACAGCACAUACUCGCACAUACUCUCUCUAGAGGUCAGUGAAGGAAUGAAAUGUGAAGUAGUGAUGGCUGUAUGAAGAUUACAGUUAAGAUGUCACAGAUGACCAUUGCCACUGUGCACUUGAACAAAGUGGCCUUACCAUUUUAUAAUUUGCGUAUGUAAACAUACAAUACUGUGUGCAAGUCUUCGGCAUCCAAGAAAAUGGUCUAAAACUGUGUAACUUGGCUCUUGGCUUGCCUUUUGCUUGUAAAACACUAUAUAACAUCCGAAUAAGUACAAAUAAAUGUAAAUACAGUAAAUAUGACAUAAACUUAUUGUUUUAAUAAGUUAUUAUUAAUAUUUUAGUUUGUAGAACACAGAUUUGGUUCAUGACUUGUUGCUGCACUCCAGCCAUUGCAUGAAAUUGGAUAAAUAUCACUUGAUUUAAUUUAAAAUACCUAUAUUCUACAUAUUCUACUGGCUUUUUAUGUUUCCCCUGAGGUCCAGUUAUAGUGUUUGUGUGGUUCAGUGAACAAAAAACAGUCACAAUUCAUUUUUAUAUUCUUCAACUUCUCUUUGCCCCUUAGAAUUUGUUACUGUGCCUUUAAUACUGAUAUAUGUAAAUGAUCUCUGUUCUGAUUGGCUGUCCUGUAUUAUGCCUUGUUCACUGUAUUGUGCCUGGGCUUAAACAGUCCCUGUAAAUUCAGCAUGUAUGGGCAGGGCUAAACUACCAAAGGCUGAAUAGACAGUUAUGUAAAUGUGUUGAUUUUCUUGACAUCACAAAAUAUUCAAAACAGGCUAUUUUUGCAGUUUAGUUUCCAUAUAAAGACUUUGUAGACUGGGUAGUGAACGAUGUUGGUACUUUUACAACGUUUACAUACUACAUCACACUCUACUGUAAAA